AUGGAUGCGCUGGUGACCUGUCUGGGGGCGACGCUAUCAGCGGAGCGCGCGGAGCGCGAGCCCGCGGAGCGCAUGCUCACAGAGCAUGCAUACCCGCGGCACGACGCUGACGGCGCGUUUGGGCUCCAGCUCGCGCAGGUCCUGCAUACACCGUCGGUGCCCUUGGCGCUGCGCCAAGCGGCUGGCAUUGCGCUGAAGGCGUACGUGAACGAGCGCUGGUCCAUCUACUUUGAGACGUUUAUGCGUCGCGCAGCCGCCGCCGGCAUGGCGUCAGACGCUGCCGUGCCGCCUGCCAUCAAGGCAGAGAUCCGUGGCUUGCUCCUAGCGUCGCUGGGCGAUGCGGAGCGCAAGGUGCGCCUGCUCGCCGCGCAGCUGCUGUCGCUCAUCGGUAGCUGCGACUUUCCGGAUCAGUUCCCCGAGCUGCUACCUGCGCUGCAGCGCUACCUACAAGCGUACACGGAACAGGACGCGCGUGCGCCCGCGCAGGUGCACGGCGCGAUCCAGUGCCUCGCUGACCUCGUGCAGGUGGAACUGGACGAGAAUCAGCUGCUGGUUGUGGCGCGCGAGUUUAUCCCGCUCCUGCAGGAACUGCUGAGCGGCUCGUUCGGGCAUGUGGCGCCACACGUCCAGGCGCGCUGCGUGCUCGUGUUCCGCCAGUGCCUCACGUCGCUGUACAUGGCCAAAGACACGUAUCCUGACACGGUGCAGGAGGCCAUUGCGCGCUACCUUCCCCCCUGGCUACAGGCGAUGCAGGCCCUGCUGGCCCCUGCGUCUCUUUCCAGCGCCGACUGGCACGACGCUGUCGCAUGGGAGACGCUCGGCCUGCGCCGCGAGAUUCUGCGCACGCUCAGUGUGGCGUCGCGCUUUAAGGGCGUGUUUGCUGCGGCGGGCCCGGCACUCCUGGGCACAUGUCUCGACCUGCUGCAGGCGCUGGUGCCCCUAUUUGCGCAGACCGAGCUGGACAGCGUGCUGGCGCCGCCGACGCCGGCAGAGGGCGACGAUGAUGUGGCUUCGGAUGUACCGGCCCUCGCGAUCGCUGCCUUUACGCUUCUUGGUGACACACUGCGUGCGCCAAGUAUGCGGGCGCUCCUGGUCCAGGGCGGCGUCGGUGGCGAAGGCACGGCGACGGACGCGCUGCAUGCGCUUCUCCAGCUCAUGCGCACGUAUGCACAGGUAACGUGCGACGACGAGGCUGCGUGGGAGACGGACGCGGAUGCGUUUAUCGAGGGCGACGACGAGGACCAUAUGGGGGCGACGCUGCGCACGGCUGCGAUGGACCUGCUCGAGCAGCUGCUCGAGGACUACCCGCUGCCCGUGCUGCGUGUGCUGCGUGUGGCUCUGGAUUCGCUCGCACACACGGACCGCACAGAGGCCGCCUGGUGGAAGCCGCUCGAGGCGCAGCUCCUCCUGCUUGGCUCGUCGCACGAGGCCAUUGAGGAGCUUGUGGAGGAGCGCUCCGACGAUUCGCUCCUGUCGAUCCCCGCGGUGCUGGCAUCGGUCGUGCUCCCCCACCUGGCGGCGCCGGCGCCGGCGCUCCUCCGCGGGCGCUGCUUUGUGGUAGGAUCGCAAUAUGCGUCGGAGCUGCCGCCUGAGCUCGCGCAGCGCCUCUUCCACGCAGCGCUCGCUGCGAUGCGCGCGCCCGAGGACGACGCGCCGCUCCCCCUCAAGCUCUCGGCGGUGCGUGCGAUCCGCAACUUGGGGCAGCGGCAGCCAUCGAUCACUGCGCCGGAGGCGCCGGCACUGCUAUCGCAGCUGGGAUCCCUGCUUCCGCAUGCGUCGGGCAGCGCGCUGGUCCUGCUGCUCGAUGCCGUCGAGGCGGCCGUGCCGCGCGAUGCGCGAGCCCUGGAUCCCUCGACGCUGCAGCUUGUGGCAGACGCGGCGCUGGCGACGUGGCGGCACCACACCAGCGAUCCCAGUGUGGAGCUGUCGAUUGCCUCGCUGCUCGAUGCGCUCGUGCGGUGCCCGGUGCCGGGCAGCCGUGCGCUGGCGGUGCGUGCGUGCAUGGCACACACGCUGCCCGUGCUGGGCAGCGCGGACGACGUGGGCGCGCCGGCCAGUGCGGCUGCCUUGCUGCGCAGCGUGCUGAGCGCGGCGCCCGCCGACACGGACGCCCUCGAUGGCGUCGUGCCUGUGUAUGUGCCGGCCGCUGCUGCGUUUCUGCGCACGAGCGACGACCCCGAGGCCGUGCUAUGCAUUGUCCAGGGCAUGACGACGCUGCUGCAGAAGCGCGCUGGCGAGCUGCUUGCGUGGCACGACGAGCAGGGCGCACCCGCGCUGCAGGUCUUGCUGCGGGUGCUCGAGCGCCUCUUGCUUCUCGACGACGAGUCGCUGUGCGGUAUGCCGCUCGGCACGCUGCUCGUGACCCUCUUUGUGCAGGCCGGCGAGGCGCUGAGCCCCGUGAUGCCCGCGCUCUUGCAUGCGCUUGUGGCCAAGCUGGCUGCCGCCCAGACAUCGACGUGCGUGCUCGCGCUGCUGUUCCCCGUCGCGUACCUUGUGGCGGAGCACACGGACGCGGUGCUUGCGCAGCUGCAGGGCACGCAGCUGGGCGACGCGAGUGCCCUCGAGGUGCUUGUGCGCGUGUGGCUGCGCGAAGUCGGGCAUGUGCACAGCUGGUUCGUCGGCAACGUGCACCUGCUCGGCCUGGGACAGCUGCUGGAGCGCGGCCCGCCGCUGCUGGACGAGAUGCGCGUGGACGGCGACGUGCUGCCGAAGCACGAUGGAGGUACGUUCGCUGCGCUGACCCAGGCAUCGUUACGCGCUCGCGGGCCAAGGGCGGUGCCGGCCAGCACGAAGAUCAUGCAGGCGCUGCUGCGCGAGAGUGCGGCGGCGGCGCCCCGCGUGGACCUCUCGUCCGUGCCGCUCGACGAUGGCGCGGACGAGUGGGACGACGACGAGCCUGCGAUCGAUCUGUUUCAGGGUGCGUAG